GGAAAGACUGAAUUGUAUCGAACAUAAUAAGAAUAGCAGGAUACAGCCACGAGGUGCAGAGUGAAGUUGCCAUAAUGUUGACGGUAUUACUGGGUGCAGUGUGGCUAGUGAUUCUAGUGAACGCUCAGAACGAGACGGAACCCAUCGUGCUCGAAGGGAAAUGUCUGGUCGUUUGCGAUUCCAACCCAACUUCGGAUCCCACUGGGACUGCUCUCGGGAUAUCGGUGCGCUCCGGGAGCGCCAAAGUGGCUUUUUCAGCCGUGAGAAAUACCAACCAUGAGCCUUCGGAGAUGAGUAACCGGACUAUGGUCAUCUACUUUGACCAGAUACUUGUAAACGUUGGUAAGAAUUUCGAUGAGGAACGGAGCAAUUUCAUCUCCCCGCGCAAAGGGAUUUACAGUUUUAAUUUCCACGUGGUCAAAGUGUAUAAUCGCCAAACGAUCCAGGUGAGCCUAAUGCAUAACGGAUGGCCUGUGAUCUCGGCCUUCGCUGGGGACCAGGAUGUGACUCGUGAGGCUGCCAGUAACGGAGUGCUGAUCCAAAUGGAGAAGGGGGACCGAGCCUACCUCAAACUGGAGAGAGGAAACCUCAUGGGGGGCUGGAAGUACUCCACAUUCUCUGGGUUCCUGGUCUUCCCCAUGUAG